AUGGACAUUGAGAUCCAGCAGGUAGUAGUAAAUCUCCUGCCAACCAUGAGCUAUACAAUCUUUCCGCCACUGGAUAAGGACCCGAACUUGCAGCGACAGAGCGGAGAACCAACAAGUCACGAGAUGCUCAACAACGACAUUCGGCGCACUGUAGAGACAUCUACUGCCGAUGAACGAGCUUCGCACGAAGAUCGUCCCCCACAUGGCGCCCUCCCGGGUUUCCCUUCCUUUACCCGCAAAGCUCUCAGGCGAGCUUUCGCUACCUUCUUCGCGCAGGGUGGUCCCGACCGAAGGUACAACCCCGAGGACUUCGUGCAAUAUCUCGACCACAUCUACUAUGACCCUGACUGGGUCUUUCUCACAGCGUACAACGGCUGGCAAUCCGGAUCAUUCGCGAAUGGCAAAGUAGCCUUUUGA